AUGAAAAAAGCUGAAUUUUUUGAAAUUGUUCAAAAUGAUUCUUCCUCAUUAUAUGAAAAUUCAUUAAAUGAGAGUUCUUUUAAUUGUAGUCUAGAUUUCAAAGAUGAUGAAAAAAAAAAUGUUCAUGAAAAAGACAAUAUAGAUAUUUCUUAUAAUAAGAUAAAUAAUUUGUCUAAAAAGAAUGCUUUAAAAUUUUUGGGUAUAUUUAAUAAAAAAAAAAACGAAAAAUUGCAUAUUAAAAAUAAUAUAUGUGAAAGCACUCUUGAUGCAUAUAAUAAUAAGUGUGCUAAUAUAGUAAUAAAAAAAAAUAACUCUAAUAUACUAUAUGAAACGUUAAAAAAAAAAAAUGAAACAAAUGACCCAAUAAAGGGUAUUGAUUCGGUUAUAAAAGAUAAUAGUAAAAAUGAAAAUAAUAUAUAUAAUAAUAAUUAUUUAAAUUUUAAUGGUUAUAUAAAUAAUGAUGAGCAUGUAAAUUCUGACGAUGUAUUAAAAUUUAAUAAUCAUUUAAAUUGUAAUAAUGAAUAUAAUAGAUAUUCCUUACAAAAUGAAAAAAAAAAUACUUAUAAUAAAGCACAUGAUAAUAAUGAAUUUUAUUGUUUGAAACAAAUAGUUGAUAACAACUUAAAUAAUAAUUAUGAUAAAAAUGAAAUAAAGCUUUUUAAUAUAUAUCAUGAUAAUAGAGCUGAAUGCUUAUUUCAUGAUGUUAGUAUAAUUAAAUUUUAUGCAUAUAAUAAUAUAUGUAUAUAUGAAAAUAAGGAUUAUAUAUAUAAUGCAAUUAAUACGUAUUUAUUUCAAUGUCCUAAUGGACCUAAAAAGGUAGACACAUUUAAUAUAAAUGAUGAUAUUUAUGAAUAUUUAUAUAAUGAAAAAAUAAAAUUAAAAAAUAAAGAAAAAAUUUAUAAGGAAAAUGAUAGUCACAAUAAUAAUAUGAACACUAAGUUUAAUAAUUAUGAUGAUGAAAUACGAAAGGAAGAUAGCCAAAUACAAUGUCUCCAAUUUUAUAUACAUAAAUAUCCUUCUUUUCUAAAAGAUAAAAUAAAAGCAUUUAUUCAUAUAUAUAACAUGUUUAGUAUUUAUCCAUAUAUUAAUAAUAAUUUUAUACAAGAUCAUAUAUAUUCUGAAAAUAUUAAAAUUGUUUAUCUUUCUGAAAAGGUUCUAAAUAUUCAAUGGAAAUAUUAUGAUAUAAAUGAAUUAACAAGUAUUUUAAAAAAAUAUGUUUUGUCUAAGAAAUUAGGUGAAAACUAUUUAGAACAGUCUUUUAUACAAAUUAAUGAUUAUAUAUAUAUUAAUUUUUUAACACAAGAAAUUAAAAUGACAGAUAUCAAUUCUUAUCAAAUAAACAAUAAUUAUAUUAUCUUAAACGGUAACGGACUUUGCUUUUCAGCAUAUUAUCAUAUAUUAGUACCGCAUCAUAGACAUAUUAAUGAAAAUACGAAUGAUCAAAAUAAAAAUUAUCAUUUAAGUUAUGAAUAUGUUUUUAUAUCUCAGUUAUUUAAUAUUUAUGAUAAUUUUCAUAUAUGUUUUUUGUAUCCACUUUUUGUUACCUACUUUUUUUAUUACCACCUUUUUGUAAAACAUAAAAUGGACAACUUGAUGGAAAAGGGGGUUAAAAAAGUAUACUUAGAUAUGAAUAAAGAAACAACAAAUGUUUAUAUAGAGGAGAGCAAAAAGACAUAUAGAGGUGAUGAAAAAAUAUAUAAUACUAAUGAAGAACAAAAUAUGAAAAAAGAAAUCUACCCCUUUAAUGAAAAAACUACCAUAAAUGAUGAUCAUCAGAUAUAUGAACCAAAUACAGAAAACUAUAAAAGAUAUAAUAAUAACUAUGAAGAAUGUUACGUUAUCCAAUUAAAUGAUAUUUACUUUAGAUUAUAUGAAUGUUUUAAAAAAAAAAAAACAUUAGAGAAUAUAAAUCCAAAUGAUAAUAUAAAAGAAAAGGGGUAUAUACAAUAUUUAUUACCUCAAAGUUGUUUUAAACAUUUUAAAAAUAUAGAAUUUAUUUUUAAAAAUCAAUCAUCUUAUUUAUUUAUGUUAUAUCUUAUAUGUAUUAGUAAAUAUGGUUUAGAUGAUAAGUCUAUAAUAGGGCAUACAACUAAUUUAAAUAAUAUAAAUAUUUUAUAUUCUCAUAAUAAUAAUAAUAAUAAUAUUUAUAAUGACAAUUUACAAAAUAGUAUAAAUCCUAACAAAAUAAUAUCACAUUAUAACAAUAAAUGGUAUGGUGGUAUUCAAAAUGAUGAAUUUAUAAAUUCUUAUGAAAAUUUAUUUUGUUUUAAUGAUAUGAAAGAAAUAUCAAAUAUACGUAAUAUUUUUCCUGAUGAUAAACAAAAUUUUUUUAAUUCCUGUAACAAAAUUGAUAAUAUUAUAAAAAUCAGUAUAAGAAAUAAUGGUGUUUGUUUUUUCUAUAUUAAGGAUAUUGUGAAAUAUUUAUUUUUUUCCUAUUUCAUAAUUUUCAAUUCAAUGGAAAAUCUUGUAGAAUUAAUGAACAAACAAAAUUAUAAUAAUGAUGUAGAAAUAUGUGAAGAUCAAAAGUUCCUUAAUGAAAAGCAUAAAUUAGAAUGUAAACAAAAUGAAUUGUUACCAAAUUUAAUUCAUAAUAAUAAUAUGAGUUCCCAAUAUUGUUGUAUAACAUCCAGUGAUAUAAAUAAAAAGGAAAAUGAGUUAUCAAAAAAGGAUCAAGAAAUUCAAAUAUUACAAAAGUGUAUCUUAAAUACACACCUAUAUAAAUUAUAUAACACGUCAAACAUUCCUAAUGAUAUGUGUAAUAAUAAUUAUAUGUGUAAUAAUAAUUAUAUGUGUAAUAAUAAUAAUAUGUGUAAUAAUAAUGAUAUAUGUUAUAAUAAUGAUAUAUGUAAUAAUAAUAAUAAUAAUAUAUAUAAUAAUAAUUAUUAUAAGAAUAAAGAUAAUCUUACUUUUCCAAAUAUAAAUAAAAUAUUUGAAAUGGAUAAUAUAAAAAAUAUUUAUAACGACUUUUUUAUUUGUGAAAAUAAAAAUGUGAACAUUUUUAAAUUAAUUAAUAUAAUGAAUAAAGAAAAAAAGAAAAUCUUAACCCCAUAUUAUUUCAGUUUAAAUGACUUAACUCCUCUUUUUUUCUUAAAAUUAUCAAAUAUACAUAUAUAUGAUAUUAAUAUACAACUAAAUAAAGUUUUUCAAUAUAUACAUUAUAAUAAUAAUACAUUUACUCCUUUUUUGACUGAUUCUCAAAAAAAGGAUGAAGUAAUAAAUGUACAAUUAGAUUUAUUAGAAAAUACAUAUAUUGUUAAUAAUGAAGUAUAUUUAUUAUAUGUAAAAAAAAUUAAUUAUAAUGAUGAUUUCUAUAAAUAUAAUUAUCUAUAUGUACAAGACUAUUUAUUAAAAAAUUAUAUACUUUAUUAUAAUAUCUAUUUUUAUAUACAAGAUCAUUUAAAAAAAAACCAAUAUUAUAAACUAAAAUAUACAAAUAUAAAUAAAGAAACAUUAAUUAUUCAUUUUACUGUAUCUUUUAAUUGUAUAUAUGAUAAAAUAAAAUUGAUGUACCAAUUCAAACCACAAUCAUAUAUUACUCACAUAGAAAAAAAUGAAAAUGUGAAUAUAACAACUGAACAAAAACAAAAAUAUAUAUCUUUUAUUGAUAAUUAUGUAUGUACUAAAUGUGUACAAUGA